GCCGUGCCGCAUGACUCACGAGCCCGUGGCGCGGAUGUAAACAAGGGGCGGGCUCAGGUAGGCCAAACCCGCGCAUGCGCAUUGGCAGAGAGAGAGAGAGAGAGAGUCAAAUGAUGAAUGUGUGCACCGCGCUGACGACGCAGCGUCUAUGCGCAGUGUCUAUGCGCAGGAAGUCAGGCGAGCACCGCGUCGUCGUCGUCGUCGUCGUCGUCGUGCCGCCAUAGCAGGUGCAGACGUCAUCCUUUCAGCACCGGACAGCGACCGCAGCCCUGCGCAGCCGCACCGAGUCCGGCCCUUUCUCGGCUAGGGGCGAUGCGCGUCUAGAUGACGUCACCACAGCCACUGGACUGAUAUAGCAGCGCCACACCCCCUCCUCCUCCUCCUCCUCCUCCUCCUCUUCUCUCUCUCCUCCAUCCCCCCCCCGCCCCCCGCAGGCACCAUGGGGAACCGAGGCAUGGAGGAUCUGAUCCCGCUGGUCAACAAGCUGCAGGACGCCUUCAGCUCCAUCGGCCAGGCCUGCAACUUGGACCUGCCGCAGAUCGCCGUGGUGGGCGGGCAGAGCGCGGGCAAGAGCUCCGUGCUGGAGAACUUUGUGGGCAGGGACUUCCUGCCCCGUGGGUCCGGCAUCGUCACCCGCAGGCCCCUGGUCCUGCAGCUCAUCAGUGCCAGUGCAGAGUGGGCCGAGUUUCUCCACUGCAAAGGGAAGAAGUUCACCGACUUCGACGAGGUGCGCCAGGAGAUCGAGGCGGAGACGGACCGAGCCACCGGCGGCAACAAGGGCAUCUCUCCCGUGCCCAUCAACCUGCGCGUCUACUCCCCAAACGUUCUGAACCUGACUCUCAUCGACCUGCCGGGCAUCACCAAGGUGCCAGUCGGAGACCAGCCCGCCGACAUCGAGCAGCAGAUCAGGGAAAUGAUCAUGCAGUUCAUCACCAGGGAGAGCUGCCUGGUUCUGGCUGUCACUCCCGCCAACUCUGACCUCGCCAACUCCGACGCCCUCAAACUGGCAAAGGACGUUGAUCCCCAAGGUCUGAGGACGAUCGGAGUGAUCACCAAACUGGACUUGAUGGACGAGGGCACAGAUGCUCGAGACGUGCUGGAGAACAAGCUGCUGCCACUGAGAAGAGGCUACAUUGGGGUGGUGAACCGCAGUCAGAAGGACAUCGAUGGAAAGAAAGACAUCAAGGCAGCCCUGGAAGCGGAGAGGAAGUUCUUCUUCACCCACCCGUCUUACAGGCACAUGGCGGACAAGAUGGGGACCCCCCGCCUGCAGAGGGUGCUCAACCAGCAACUGACCAACCACAUCCGAGACACCCUGCCAGCCUUCCGCAGCAAGCUGCAGUCCCAGCUGUUGGCUCUGGACAAGGAGGCGGAGGAAUACCGGGGAUACCGACCGGAUGACCCGUCCCGCAAAACCAAGCAGCUGUUGCAAAUGGUGCAGCAGUUCUCCGUGGACUUUGAGAAGAGGAUCGAGGGUUCAGGAGACCAGGUGGACACGGUGGAGCUGUCGGGUGGAGCCAAGAUCAACCGCAUCUUCCACGAGCGCUUUCCCUUUGAACUGGUCAAGAUGGAGUGUGACGAGAAGGAGAUGCGUCGUGAGAUCAGUUACGCCAUCAAAAACAUCCACGGAAUCAGGACGGGGCUGUUCACGCCCGACAUGGCGUUUGAGGCCAUCGUGAAGAAGCAGGUCAUCAAGCUGAAGGAGCCGUGUGUCAAGUGUGUGGACAUGGUCAUCCAGGAGCUCAUCAACACCGUGCGCCAGUGUUCCCACAAGCUGGAAUGUUUCCCCAUGCUGCGGGAAGAAACCGAGAGAAUCGUCACGUCUCACAUCCGGGACAGGGAGAGUCGAGCCAAGGAACAGGUUCUGCUGGUGAUUGACAUCCAGCUGUCUUACAUCAACACCAACCAUGAGGACUUCAUUGGCUUUGCAAAUGCUCAGCAGAGGAGCAGUCAGACCAACAAGAGCCAGAGUUCUGCCACCAACCAGGUGACACACACACAUCUUGUGGCUCCUCCAGGUGUGACAUGUGGCAACCUUCUAAGCUCCUCCCCCUCCCGGCAGGUGAUCCGUAAAGGCUGGCUGACCAUCAACAACAUCAGCAUCAUGAAGGGCGGGGCCAAGGAGUACUGGUUUGUGCUGACCGCUGAGAGUCUGUCCUGGUUCAAGGAUGACGAGGAGAAGGAGAAGAAGUACAUGCUGCCUCUGGACAACCUGAAGGUCCGUGAUGUGGAGAAGAGUUUCAUGUCCAGCAAACACAUCUUCUGCAUUUUUAACACCGAGUCAAGGAACGUGUACAAGGACAACCGCACACUGGAGCUGGCGUGUGACUCCCAGGAUGAUGUGGACAGCUGGAAGUCUUCUCUGCUACGUGCUGGAGUUUACCCUGAGAAGGUCACCACGGUGGAGAGUGAGACCAGCAGCGCCUCAGACAACUUCUCCAUGGACCCCCAGCUGGAGCGCAAGGUGGAGACCAUCAGGAACCUGGUGGACUCCUACAUGGCCAUCGUCAACAAGUGCAUCAGAGACCUGAUGCCCAAGGCCAUCAUGCACCUGAUGAUCAACAACGUGAAGGAGUUCAUCAACGCGGAGCUGCUGGCCCAGCUGUACUCUGCGGGAGACCAGAACGCCCUGAUGGACGAGUCCCAGGAGCAGGCCCAGAGGAGGGACGAGGUGCUGAGGACCCACCAGGCCCUGAAGGAGGCUCUGGCCAUCAUUGGAGACAUCUCCACCUCCACCAUCACCGUGCCCAUGCCCCCACCCGUGGACAACUCCUGGGUGGGCGGCUCCAGCGGUGGUCGCAGGUCUCCGCCUCCCAGUCCCACUGGUCCCAGGAGGAUGUCUGCAGGCCAGCGCCCCGGGCCUCGUGGGGCCCCACCGCCGCCUAACCGCCCGGGACCCCUGGGGCCCUUCAACAACAGUGCUGAGAGUCCUCAGGCCCCCAGCCGCCCAAACAGGGCCCCUCCAAAUAUCCCCAGUCGACGACCCCCGCCAUCGCCAACACGACAAGUCCCGCCAUAGACGUCCAAAGAUGGACCUCUUCUUCUUCUUCUUCUUCUUCUUCUUCUUCUUCUUCUUCUCAGCCAUGCUGCUGUGUUCCCUCCCUCGUGCAGAUCUUCCACUUGUGUCCCUUCACCUGCCACCAGGUGACAUGUGUCUGUGUACCGUAUCGUCUUGUGGUGUACGUGCUCCACCUUCUAGUAUUACACAACCUCCACCUUCUAGUAUUACACAACCUCCACCUUCUAGUAUUACACAACCUCCACCUUCUAGUAUUACACCUCCAGGUCCACCACCUGCUGCUUCAACUUAAUUCUGCUGCCCUCUGCAUUCCCAACGGCAGCAUGGCACACAAGCUGCUUGUACUGCAUGUGUGUGUGUGUGUGUGUGUGUGUGUGUGUGUGUGUGUGUGUGUGUGUGUGUGUGUAUGGGGGGGGGUCCAAGUAUACAUUCCUUGCAGGAACCCCUCCAUAAGUGUUGAUUGUAGUAUUGUUCUGUGAGGACCAGGAGAUGAGAGUGUGAGAACAUUGAUCCAAAGUAUGUGCUGAUGUGUGUGUGUGUAGCAGCCUCCUCCCCACACACACACACACACAUGUGGGCUGAGGAGCACGGUCAGUGUUCUGUGUAUCAGGGGUGUCCAAAGUGUGGCACGGGGGGACAUUUGUCAACAGCACAUCUUCAACAUACUACUGAAAAAGUGGAGUAAAGGAGCAAAACAUGUCAAUGUUGACUCUAUUAACACAAUAACAAUAAUGAUGAAUCAAAAUAAAUGUUAUGAAUGAUUGACAUAUUUAAGGCUCCAAUUACUUCACAUCAAAAUAUUCCACUUUGGAAUAUAUUUGGGGGAAAAUGUUCCUUAAUUCUUUAAAACUGUCAUCACCCACAAAGAUGUCAUAAAUACAUCAAAUAUUUGGUGUUUUUGCCAUUUUAAAAAAAAACAUGGUUUUCUUUGACAAAAUAACACACAACAGACAUUAAAACAACUUAUAAUGGACAAAUAGAUGUGAAGUUGAUCGGGAGAUUUAAGUGUUGAAAGUUAAAAAAAUAUAUACAAUUAAAGCUGCAAGCAGCAUUGGUCGGGCCCGCGUAUUUGGCAGGUGCUAGUCCUAAGUGUCCCAAUACUUUUGUCUACUUUUAGUCUGAAGUGUCCCAAGACUUUUGUCUAGUGUACCUACCUUGUCUGCAUUGUGUGGGCAUGUUGGUGCUUCCUGCUUUUGAGCAGCCAUCUUAAAAAAACAGCAGCGCAGCAGCAUCAGUGCAGCGGGUCUUUGAAGGGUCAUAAAAUCAAAACCGGAGCAGGUAUUAAAAAGCUGUUCUAUACUUUUAUACACAAGGGUUCAGUUCAAUCUCUCUCCUGUGUUAGUUUGAAGCCUAAACGACAAACGCGCUCAGAGGAGAUAGAUUUUGAAGGAAGGUGACCGUUUUUUACAAAAAUGUUGUUUUGAAGGGGGAAUAGCAAACUUCCUGUUGAUUUUUGCUGGGGGUUGUCAAUUUAUGAAAUGUAGGUCUAAGUGAGACCUACAUUGAAGUUUUUGUUUCAUGUCUCUCCGACCUUCCCAGUGGGAGUUACAGGCAGUUUUGUCAUUUGUUUCUUCCGAGGAGCAGUUUUUUCUCUGUUUUAUUAAAAAAUUGCUCUAGAGCGCAAUUUUUAAAUUUGGGGUUAGGUUUUUUUAUUAGAUCGCAAUUUCUGCUAGUCCUGGUGUGUGUGUUCAGUUCGGUGAGUUUUGAAGCAUGUUAAGGGGGUCAAAUUACUGUUUUUAGUACUUUUUUGUCUUGAAGGGGGAAUUGCCAACUUCCUGUUGCUUUUAGCCCAAGGAUAUACAAUUAUGAAAACUAGGUCUAAGUCAGACCUACAUAGAGGAUUUUGUUUCAUGUCUUUCCGACCUUCCUAGUAGGAGUUACAGGCAGUCUGUUUUUUUUUUUCCUAGGGGGCGCUAGAGCGCAAUUUUGAGUUUUGGGGUUCGUUUUUUUUAUUAAAAGGCAAUUUUCGUAGGUCCUGAUGUGUGGGUCAAAUAUGGUGAGUUUUGAAGCAUGUUAAGUGGGUCAAAUUAGUGCUCAAAGAGGCGGCGGAAGAAUAAGAAAGAAAGAAUAAAACCUUACAAAUUCAAUAGGUCCUUAUGCAAUGGGCCAUGCGGGCCCUAAUUAUGACUUAAAUUGCUUAUUUAGUGUUUGUGCCAUAAAAACAUGGCUGUGUUUGACAAAAAACACAUGAAAGAAAUUCCAACUUGAUGUCAGCUGAUAGAUCUGAUCUGUAGAUGUUUAAGUGUUAAUAUAUAUCAUAUAAAUACAUAUAUGUAUAUUUUAUUUUAUUUUAUUUAUUUAUUUCUAACACUUUUGGGUCCUGAGACCUUCACCAAGAAGGAGAGUAGUCCUCAUGGUUACAACUAAUAUUGUUUGAAGAUGAAAAACACCAAGAUUGGCCCCUGCAUGCCAACGUGUGGCCCCCAGUGCCAAGGUCUGGACACCCCUGCUGGCUUUUAUAACCUUGUGGUACCUGUGCUGUAUCAGGUCUAGUGCCAAGGUCUGGACACCCCUGCUGGCUUCAAUAACCUUGUGGUACCUGUGCUGUAUCAGGUCUAGUGCCAAGGUCCGGACACCCCUGCUGGCUUUUAUAACCUUGUUGUACCUGUGCUGUAUCAGGUCUAGUGCCAAGGUCUGGACACCCCUGCUGGCUUCAAUAACCUUGUUGUACCUGUGCUGUAUCAGGUCUAGCUGGGCUCAGGUGCAGGUGCUGACUGCUGGACCACACAAGUUUCCUGUCUUCAUGACUAGAAUCCUCUCCUGGACUUACUGCGAGGUGGUCCGUCAGCAUCUGUGCCCGACCUCCACGUUGUCCCAUGUGUGUAUAUAUACUGUACUGGACUCUUAAGACCAUGAAGUGUGUAGACAUGACUUCCAAUUGUGUGUUGCCAAAGGAGAGAAUUGUUGCAUCUGUUGUUGUUUUCUGUGUCCUCAAUAAAAAGUCUGACUAUCUCAAGA